AUGGCCACGGAGAGGUAUCGAAGGAAUUCUAUUGCUAGCUUAAAAUUGCCUGAUGGUACUGUGGUGACUGAUCAUUCACAAAUGGAGGGUAUUAUCUGGAAUUGUUUUAAAAACAGAAUGGGUUCUUCCAGGGGAAUUAACAUGGGUUUUGAUCUUCCUUCCCUCAUUGAACCAGUGGUGGGAUUGGAUGUUCUCACUAAGCCUUUUGAGAAGGAGGAAAUGGACAUGAUUGUCAAGCAUAUGCCAGUUGAUAAAGCUCCAGGUCCAGAUGGUUUUAAUGGUCUUUUCUUCAAAAGGUGCUGGCACAUAAUUUCUCAGGAUUUUUAUGAACUGGCCCAGGCUUUCUUUGAGGGUACUGCUCAUCUGGAAAAUAUCAAUGACUCUUACAUAACUCUGGUGCCUAAGAAGCCCUCCCCUGAGGAGGUGGGUGACUUCAGACCUAUCUCUUUAACAGGAAUGGGUCUUAAGUUCUUGUCUAAGAUGGCAGCCAAUAGGUUUCAAGAGGAUUACCCCGUGAUUCAGUAUGCUGAUGACACCCUUAUUAUCUUGCCUGCGGACAAGGACCAUCUUAUAGCUCUCAAGGAUAUGCUCAGGGUCUUCUCUGUGUCCACACUGAUUGGGAAAAUGCCAUUUACCUACCUUGGGUUGCCAGUGGGAACUACAAGGCCUAAAAUGGUGGAUUUUAUGCCAUUGGUUGAUUGCAUGGAGAGGAGAAUGACAGCUAGUUCAUCUUUUUUGAAUCAGGGGGAAAGGCUGCAGUUUCUUAACUCUGCUCUGUCAUCUAUGCCCAUUUUCUUCCUUUGCAGUUUGGCGGUCCCAGCUGGAAUUCUUAAACAAUUGGAGAGAAUCCAGAGACAAUGCCUCUGGAGGAGGAAUAGGGGAUAUUUGCAAGGUCAUGCACAUCAUUUUAGGGAGUGUGCUUGGGUUCAGAUUAAUGCAGGGGACACUGCCCUCAUGUGGUCAGAUAACUUGCAGUUUGAUGGUCAGGUGUCUAGCCUUCAACUCAGAUUUCCCAGGCUCUAUUCCUAUGUUAAGGAUCCCUGGGUCACUAUUCUUGAGUUCUUGGACUCUCAGGAUAUUUUCCAGCACUUCCACCUUCCUUUGUCCAACCAGGCUUUUGAUGAUCUGACUAUUCUCCAGUCCAUGUUGGGUGGCCUUAAUAGAACACCUGGGUCCAAGGAUAUUUGGUUUUGGAAGGGCACUGCCAAGGGAUACUCACCAAAGUUGUUUUACUCACAUACUUUUGCUUCAGCAUCUUUCAACCCUUUCACAGCUUGGAUCUGGAAGUCCUCUUGUACAAUGAAAAUCAAAGUUUUUGCUUGGAUGCUUAUUAUGGACAGGUUGAACUCCAAGGACAUGGUGGAUAGGAGGCAUUGGCAUUUGGAGGAUGGAGUAAACUGUGUCCUUUGUCCUUUGCAGACUAGGGAAACAAGGGAUCAUCUGUUCUUUAAUUGCAACUUUAGUGUCAGAGUUUGGAACUAUCUACAAAUUGAUUGGUCUUCUGGUGACUCCAUGGCUCAUUUGGUUCUUAAUGCUAGCAGGAGUUUUAGGAAGCCCUUCUUCACCGAAGUGGUGUUCAUUGCUUGCUGGAAUAUCUGGAUCAUCAGGAACGCUAAGGUCUUCUGGCAUGAGAGAGCUAGAUUUAAUAAAUGGAGAUCUGCAUUCAUCCAUGACAUCAGCUUAAUGCAAUAUAGAGUGAAAGCUGCCUACAAAGAUGAUCUUCUUCGCUGGAUUUCAUUUCUGCCACCUUGA